AUGGCACCUCGACCGGAGCAUCCGGAAGCAGCUCCGACACCGGUGCGGACCCCGGUUGAGCGUGAUUGUGUCACGAAGCAGACGGAGGGUACCGAAGAAAUUUCAUCGCCGAACCUGGACAUCACUGAGAACGACAUUGGUCGCGGCGAGGAGCUCCCCCUGCGGCCGAGCUCUGACGCGAAAUUAGCCCGGAGCGUCAGUAAUCGGACCGCGCGUCCCCAGAGAUUCUUUCGGGCUCCCCCGCCAGAUGGAGGAUGGGGCUGGAUGGUGCUGCUCGGAGUCGUUAUAGGGAACAUAUUGAUAAUUGGUCACGCAAAGACCUUCGGCGUUUAUAUCACGACUCUCAUUGAACGAUUCGAUGAAAAACCGUCUACAGUGGCAUGGAUCCAAUCGAUUCAGUUCUCGUUCUUCCUCGGCUUCGCUCCGAUUGCCUCGAUGCUCGCCGAACGAUUCUCGCCAAGGACCGUUACCUUGGUCGGUGCAGUCAUCGCGUGUUCGGGAAUGGCGCUGAGUUCCAGGGCCAAGUCCAUAGUCCAUCUGUACUUUUCUUACGGAGUAAUGAUGGGUCUUGCGGCCGUAUUCACCUUCACGCCGGGCGUCAUCAUGAUUGCCAAGUACUUCGACAGGCGUCGAGGGCUGGCCAAUGGUCUCGGGAUGGCUGGCAACUCUCUCGGCGGUAUAUUCAUGCCGAUACUCGCCGAUUUCCUGAUUUCGGAAUAUUCUCUACACGGAGGCUUCCUCAUCAUGGGCGGCAUCUUAUUGAACGCUGCCGUUGGGGCUAUGCUAUGGCGUCCCGUGGAAACGGUCAACAACGUUCGAGGGAGAACGUCCUCCGCCACCGCGAAAACUGUCCCUAUCCCAACCUUGAGCGCUCAAGCCUCUACAGCGAACGAAAAAGUUUCAGCACCUCUGAUACAAGACAACGUCACCGCUACGGACGACAAACUCGAAGCGGUCGCAAUCCUCCCAGACGAAGUGCCAUCCGAAGUCUUUCAGCCGCCUAAGGAUUUGAUCAUCCUGGACAACGCAGAUAACUCGUUGUCUUCCGGCGCGAAUGCGGUGAGCAACAUCAGCUGUCCAUUGCCUCUACCAUCCUUAUGCUCGACGAGCGUACCCGACAUAAGCGCUCCGACAGCAGCGUCAGCGGUGAGGGACGUGCCAGCGAACUUUGAGGUGCAGUCUCAGCCGUCCGCGAGCCCGCCCCCUCUUCAAGUGAACGGCGGCAGCCAGCGCAAAAACCGCGACAAAGUAGAUCGAUCAUUGGAAACACAACAAAGUCUCGAUCAUCAAUCAAUUUUCUCGCAAAGCACGGCCUCCCUGUCAUCAUUCGUCUUCUUGUCGACAUUCCACUUGGGACCGUCUUUCGGAACGGUGGAAGACAUAACUAACCUCCGGUAUGAUGACGAUGAGGAGGGUGCCAUCGAAGACGAGGGGGAUGACCAAGAAGAUGAGCUAAACAACCUCGACGACGACUCUGAAGACGAAGACGACGAUUACGACGUGUAUGAAACAGUUCGAGCGAGAAGCGAUCUCAAGGUGGACAUCGCUGGCCUCCUUGCCGCCGGGAGCUCGGCGAACGAAACCACCUCGGCUCCGAAUCCAGCACUGAGAGAAUUCGGGGUUGUCCUCCAUCCAAAGAAAGCGAUAACGCCAGACCCUUCAACUGAUAUAUCUGCCCUGAAGGACACGACCCCACAAGCAGUCGAUGUGCCCCGGUCUCGCGCGUCCGGUAGGCAGCGGAAAUCUGUUGCCGAGAAGCCCACGAAGCCGCAAGUGGCAUCUGCGCGAAGACGCACUGUCCCUGCGAAGCCCCUCAAGCCGACUCCUCGGCAGCGGAAUAAGUACUUCGACUUCUCGUUUUUCCGCCUACACGUGUUCUACGUUAUGAUGGUGCCACUGUUUCUGCACAGCAUAGGAUAUACUACCAUACAAAUGUACACCCCGAUGUACGCUCGUUCUCUGGGCUUUUCUACCUCAGAUUCUGCCCGAUGUCUUUCAUUCUUGGCCUUCGCUGACGUCUUGGGACGUAUCGGCUGUGCCUGGCUGUCUGACCUCCAGCUGUGUAAGCGGAAGUAUUUUUACAUGACAGGCAUGUUACUCUCGGGGAUGGUGGCCUACUGUAUGCCGUUCGCGAAGACGUACUUGCAACUUCUCAUUUGUACCAGUGGAUUUGGUUUGGCAUCGGGUGCAUACAUUGGCCUGACUGUGGCCCUGUUCGCCGAUGCCUUCGGCAACGAUAAAGUGGCAAAAGCACAUUCCAUGGCAACGAUGUGCACCGGCAUCGCAGGAUUGUCCGGAGGACCCUUCAUUGGAUACGUUCUCGAGAAAACAAGGAGCUUCGUCAUCUGCUACUCGAUUUUAGGGAGCUGCCAGAUACUCGGUGGCUUGGUUUAUUUCUUGGAGCCAUGGGCGGCACAGACAGAUACGAAGAAAAUCAGAGCCCAACAAUGGGUGUGAGAUGUUAACGCGUUGUGCAUUCAGUCUGUGAAAUAAUACUCCCAGGCUAUUCAUUACACAUAUGCAUUUGUUAGCGUCGCAACUCGAACCCUAACCUCCCUCCGGAAAGUUU